GCCGCCGCCGUCGCCGCCGCCAUCCUCGUCGACGACCUCGUUCCCAUCUUCACCCGGCACCAGGGAUCUUCCCGCCCCUCCGCGAUCUCCCGUUUCGAAAACUAUGACGGGCACCAAUCAUGCUCUGAGGAAGAAAAUCAGGAUCACUGUCGUCGCUGCCGACGGAUUAUCGAAACGCGAUGUCUUUCGUCUCCCGGACCCGUUUGCCGUCAUAACCGUCGAUGCUGAGCAGACACAUACAACUAGUGUCAUCAAGAAGACCUUGAAUCCCUACUGGAACGAGAGCUUCGACAUCACGGUCAAGGAUUCCUCAGUCGUCGCAGUCCAGAUCUUCGACCAGCGCAAAUUCAAACGACGUGAUCAAGGUUUUUUGGGCGUGGUGAAUGUGCGAGUGAGCGACGUACUGGACCUCGAGCUAGGGGGGCAUGAGAUGUUGACUCUUGACCUCAAAAAAUCGAAUGAUAAUCUUGUCGUUCAUGGCAAACUCAUCAUUUAUUUGUCCACUAAUGUCAAUCAACCGAUGAAUAACCCUGGUCCAUCCCAGGUGCAGGGUGUCACAUCCGCCCUGGCUGACAUGGGGAUGAACGAGUCAAACCUUUCCCUCAACCCGAACACUUCCACCAGCGGCAAUUCACUCUCUCGCACGCCUAGCGCUCAGGCUCAUGCCGAGGCAUCCUCUCCUCAGAUGGCUAUGCCUACUCCCCAUAUACCAAUCCAACCACCGCCAGGAGAACCGGACUCAUUGUCUCACCACAGUUCGGCCUCAGCGCGGCCAACCAGUGGCAGUGGAGGUGCUGGCCCACAUCAGCCCUCGCAGGCGGCCGCCGCUUCCAAUUUGGUCACAUCUGCUGGCUCCCAAGCCAGUUCGCAGCAGACUCGCAAUUUCAACCCGAACGUGGAUCAAUACGGCCCCCUUCCGGCUGGCUGGGAACGACGCAUCGAUCCUCUUGGUCGGACCUACUAUGUCGAUCACAACACUCGCAGUACUACCUGGAACAGGCCCUCAGCCAACCAGAAUGUCAAUAAUAGUGCUCAGGAAGGUGAAACCAACGCUGCCCGGGAUCAACACUCGCGUCGUCUUCUUGCCGACGAUAUGGUAGACACUCAAGGGAACUCGUCCUUCCGUGCUAGCUCUGCCUCUCCCCCGGCGCCUGCAGCUGGUGGUACUGGUGCCGCAAAUGCUGUUGCCACUGGCAACAACACCACAACAGCUGGUUCGGGAAGCCUUCCAGCUGGAUGGGAAGAGAGGUACACACCAGAAGGUCGUCCCUACUACGUUGAUCACAACACUCGCACGACCACAUGGGUGGACCCUCGGCGUCAAACCAUUAUUCGGGUCAUGGGACCCAACGGUCAGAACACCUCGCUGCAGCCCCAGACUGUUUCACAGCUUGGUCCCUUGCCCUCGGGGUGGGAAAUGCGUCUCACCUCCACUGCGCGUGUGUACUUCGUUGACCAUAACACGAAGACAACCACAUGGGACGAUCCUCGGUUGCCCUCGACUCUUGACGCCAAUGUACCUCAAUAUAAGCGCGACUUCCGCAGGAAACUCAUCUACUUCCGCAGUCAGCCUGCAAUGCGUGCUCAACCCGGCAAUUGUCAGAUUAAAGUUCGCCGUAACCAUAUCUUUGAGGACAGUUAUGCCGAAAUUAUGAGGCAAACGUCGAAUGACCUCAAGAAACGGUUGAUGAUCAAGUUCGAUGGAGAGGACGGCCUCGAUUAUGGUGGUCUCUCGAGAGAAUUCUUUUUCCUUCUCUCACACGAGAUGUUCAACCCCUUCUAUUGCUUGUUCGAGUACUCGGCCCACGACAACUACACACUGCAGAUAAACCCCGCCUCCGGUGUCAACCCCGAACAUCUCAACUACUUCAAGUUCAUCGGCCGCUGCCUCGGUCUUGGCAUCUUCCAUCGUCGUUUCUUGGACGCAUACUUCAUUGUUAGCUUCUAUAAAAUGAUCUUGAAGAAGAAAGUCACGCUUUCCGAUUUGGAGUCUGUGGAUGCUGAGUUGCACCGUGGCCUCACUUGGAUGCUCGAGAACGACAUCACAGAUGUCAUUGACGAGACGUUCACCACCACCGAAGAACGCUUCGGUGAAAUGGUGACCAUUGACUUGAAGCCUGGCGGAGCGGAUAUGCCCGUGACGCAGGAUAACAAGAAAGAUUAUGUUGAUGCCGUGGUCGAGUAUCGUAUCUCCAAGCGUGUCAAGGAGCAGUUCGAUGCUUUCAUGUCCGGCUUUAGUGAACUCAUCCCUCAGGACCUCAUCACUGUAUUCGAUGAGCGAGAGCUUGAGCUCUUGAUCGGCGGCAUGUCCGAAAUUGACGUUGAUGAUUGGUCGAAGUUCACGGACUACCGUGGUUAUUCUCUCGAAGACGAGGUCAUCCAGUGGUUCUGGAAGUGUGUGCGCAGCUGGCCUCCCGAACGCAAGUCCCGGUUACUCCAGUUCGCCACCGGCACAUCACGGAUACCUGUCAAUGGCUUCAAAGAUUUGCAAGGAUCUGACGGGCCAAGACGCUUCACGAUCGAGAAGUCGGGCGAUCCUUCACAGUUGCCAAAGAGUCAUACGUGUUUCAACCGCAUUGAUUUGCCUCCGUACAAGGAUUAUGCCAGUCUUGAGAAUAAGUUGACGUUGGCUGUGGAGGAGACUGUUGGGUUCGGACAAGAGUAAUGGAAGGCUGUGGUUUAUAUGCUUGCUUACAUUCCGUUUCUUGUGUAGUUCAAACCUUUUAUAUAUCAGACUGUGUUUUCCCCCUCUUUUCUACCCUGGAUAUUUGUCGGCAGGUAGGCUCUACGCUGCUGAAUUUUUUUUAUACACAUCUUUGUACAAUUACUGAUAAUACAUACACCUGGUUUACGUAGACUUUCUUUUCGUGUUACUACCGUAACCUUUUGCUGCAUCUGGAAUAUGAAUUGGUGAUGACAUCAAGAGUCAGC